CAUCUCAGUACGCCAUCCCAUUUUCACACCCUAUUUUUUCCUAUAGAGGCGGGCUCAUCUGUACGUCGGAAACCUGAGCCCUCGGGUUACCGAGUACAUGCUAACGGAGAUAUUCGCCGUCGCUGGUCCGGUCCAGCACGUUAAAAUUAUUCCUGACCGCAACUACCAACACGGCGGUCUAAACUACGGUUUCGUCGAGUACCUCGAUAUGCGUGCUGCGGAAACUGCCCUACAGACUCUUAAUGGCCGCAAGAUCUUCGACACCGAGAUUCGGGUUAAUUGGGCCUAUCAGGGCUCACAAAACAAAGAGGACACCUCUGGUCACUACCAUGUUUUUGUCGGUGAUCUUAGCCCUGAGGUCAACGAUGAUAUUCUCGCCAAGGCUUUCAGUGCCUUUGGCACUUUGUCAGAUGCUCGCGUAAUGUGGGACAUGAACUCGGGAAAGUCGCGGGGAUAUGGUUUCCUGGCCUUCAGGGACAAGACAGACGCUGAACAAGCGAUCGCUACGAUGAAUGGUGAAUGGCUCGGCUCCCGUGCUAUCCGUGUCAAUUGGGCCAAUCAAAAAACCCAGGGUGCCCCUGCUGCGCCUCGACCUGCUGCGAGCGUUGGUACUGCACCUGCACCUAUUAACUUCCAAGGGGGACCCCUCUCGUAUGAGGCCGUCGUCCAGCAGACGCCUUCAUACAAUACCACCGUCUAUGUUGGUAACUUGGUUCCCUAUUGCACUCAGGCCGACUUGAUACCGCUCUUUCAAUCUAUCGGGUACUUGUCGGAGAUCCGCAUGCAAGCUGAUCGGGGCUUUGCCUUUGUAAAACUCGAUACUCACGAGCAUGCUGCCAUGGCCAUCGUGCAACUCCAAGGUCAGAUGGUGCAUGGCCGCCCUAUCAAGUGCAGCUGGGGCAAAGAUAGAGCCGAUGGCGCAACUGUCCAGCCGGGUGCUCUGACCCCUUCUCCCACCGCGGCUCCGUAUGGUAACAUGCCUAUGUAUGGCGUGCCACAGCCUAGCACCUACGGUCAAUAUGGGUUCGGUGCGUACGGCGGGUUCCCCAGCCAAGCUGCUGGUACUGCCAACCCUGCAAGCCCUGGUGUUCCCCAGCCCGGUACUGGUGCCGUGGGCACCGGUCUUGGGGCUGGACAGUCCACAGCGGAUCCUACUGCUGCCGCUGGUGCUGCCAUCGGUGCUCAGGCCCAGUGGCCCACCGGUGAUCCCAGUUAUUACUCGAACUACUGGGGUGGAUAUUACGGUCAACAGGCUCAACAGGGCUCUGACGGCCAGGGUGCUUAAUGUGUAUCAUUUGCCUUCUAAACACGCUCAAAGCGUCAUCUGCGCUCUCAUUGAAUGUAGCCAUGGAAGCUUUAUUUCUCGCACUGAAGUUAUCCGUUUUGCGGUUUGUUCUUUCUAACCACUUGAAGAGUAUGAAUCAAAAAGACGAACUACCAAUUUUGUACGGUACUGCAGGAACUGUCGAUCCUGUUGUUCCAGGCGUCUGUUGUGGUGCGUAGCUGGUGUACCCCUGAGUG